GCUCCCGGCCGGGCGUCGCUCCUCCCCCCCUUCCCUUUCGCACCGGUCUCCACCCAGAGGGGGCCGCCUCUCUGCGGCCGGCCAAUGCUCUGCAUCUUCCUUUGCGCGUUUGCCCUAUCGGAGAGGUAGGGGUGGAGUUCCGGGCGUCCGCCGCGCACCGAGGCUGAGCUCGCGUUUCUUCCCGCGCGCGUUGCGGGCUUGCGGUUGAGGCAAAUAACCCUUGAGUUUGAAUCCACCACUCAGGAAAAUUCAACCCCCAUUGUCUUUACUCACAUUCUGCAAACCAAACAUAAGAAUCCUGUAUCCUGUGGUAAGAGCCACAGCAGCAGCUCUGGGGUUCUGCUGUUUCCUGAUCUGUACUAACAGGAUCAAGCAUUAUUUAUAAUAACCAAGAUGUAAACGCAACCCAAGCGUCCAUUGAUAAAUAAAUGGAUAGAGAAGUGACACACAUACACACAAUGGGAUAUUAUUCAGCCACAAAGCAAGAAGGAGAUCUUAUUUUUACUACGCUUGGAUGCUCCUCCUGACAUGGAGAAGAUUGAGGAACGUUUUGCUAACCUGAACAUUGUUAAACGUUCCACAGGAAGUAAAGAGCCUACUUAUCUGCUUGGCAUAGACACAUCAAAAACUGUAAAAGCAGAAAAAGAAAAUUUGGUUGCUGUUUUAUGUUCUAAUGGAUCUAUCAGAAUAUAUGACAAAGAAAGGUUAUACAUACUACGAGAAUUUAGUGUAUAUCCUGGACUUCUUAAUGGAGUCAAAUUUGCAAAUUCUUGUGACAGUAUAUAUUCAUCAUGUACUGAUGGCACCGUAAAAUGUUGGGAUGCUCGAUUAGCCAGUGAAAAACCUAUCCAGCUGUUCAAGGGUUACCCUUCCAAUAUUUUUAUUAGUUUUGAUAUCAACUGUAAUGAUCAUGUUAUUUGUGCUGGUACAGAAAAAGUUGAUGACGAUGCAUUGUUGGUAUUUUGGGAUGCAAGAAUUAAUUCUCAGGAUUUGUCUACUACUAAAGACCCACUUGGAACAUAUUCAGAGACACAUAGUGAUGAUGUCACCCAAGUAUGCUUCCAUCCCAACAAUCCCAACAUGGUUGUCUCAGGUUCAACUGAUGGCCUAGUAAAUGUAUUUGAUAUUAGUGUUGACAAUGAAGAAGAUGCACUGGUUACUACCUGUAACUCAGUUUCAUCGGUAAGCUGUAUUGGUUGGUCUGGAAAGGAUUAUAAACAGAUUUACUGCAUGACACAUGAUGAAGGAUUUUGUUGGUGGGAUCUUAAUCAUCUGGAUACUGAUGAACCAAUUACAUGUUUGAACAUCCAGGAUGUCAGAGAAGUAAUUAAUGUGAAAGAAGGUACUUUAGAAUAUUUAAUUGGUGGCCUAUAUCAUGAAAAAAUGGACAAAUUGUUUGUUGUUGGAGGAACAAACACAGGAACUAUUCACUUGAUGAGCUGCACUACAUCAGGAUUGAUCCAUGUGACCAGCCUUCACGGAGGGCAUGCUGCUACAGUCCGUUCUUUCUCUUGGAAUACGCAGGAUGAUUCUUUGCUAACUGGAGGAGAAGAUGCACAGUUGUUACUUUGGAAACCUGGAGCAAUAGAGAAGACAUUUACGAAGAAAGAUAGCAUGAAAAUAGCAUCCUCUGUGUCCCAGCGAGUUCGAGUUCACAGUAAUGAUUCUUAUAAGAGAAGGAAAAAGCAGUGAUAUGUUGUUGGGAGUUUGAGAGGUUUUUAUGUAGAGUUGCGAGUCAUUAUUUUUGUGUACUACCUGUGAUAGAUAUGUUUAAAGCUCAUAUGUAAAAACAAGCCAAUUAGCAAACAGUCCUGGAAAAAUGUUGAAAAUGGUUUAAUUCAGGUCUUCAUGUAUUCUAAAAUUAUUUUUUUAAAGCUGCCAGUUGAGUAUAUAAUCAGUGAGUUGAAAGUAAAAUUACAUUCCUCAUUUUUAAAACCCAUCUGUUGAGUUAGUAAAUGUUGGGUUUAAAGAAAUAGCUUUGAUAAGGACUUUUUAAAAGUAGAUGGCUGGUAUGACUUUAAAAAAUCAGGUGGUUUGAGCUAUGUUUUUUAAGUUUAGUUUUUUUUUUACAUUUUAAAUCAUCUUCAUUAUUUAUAAAACCAAAUCAGACUGUUUUCUGUAGGAGCUCCCACUUGCUUAAUACACAUAGAUUAUGUUGGAGUAUUUAAAUGUAAAUAUGCUAAUGAUUCUAAAUAGAAUUAAAAUUUUUUAGAAAUAAAGUGAUUUGCAUCUAUUUAAGAAGGAUA